UUUAGCAUACAUAUGAAAUGGUAUGUUUUUAAUACUUUUGUAACUUCAAUUCUUUUUUUAUUUCUUGCGAUCUUACAUGUACUAAAUUUUGCAUCAUACAUUUUUUUUUAUUUUCAUCAUAAUAUAUAUAACAGGAUUAUAUAGUAAUUGUGUAUUUGAAAAUGCAGAUUAUUUUUCCAUGGACAUCAUGAAACGAGAGUGUGCAGUUCUUGUGUUAUGUUGUUUGCUGUUCAUCUCGAUAGGUUUGUAUAAUAAUUUUAGAAAAACAAAAUACCUUUUUUUCAUGUAUGUCUGAAUAAAUAUUUUGAAUUUUUUUUUCUUUAGUAAAACAAGUUUGUGUUAUCUUAUGAUUUUAUUUUUAUGUUUGACAGGUUUUGAAGUCCAUGCGCUAGAUUAUGACUAUAGUUUUUCAGCGGAGGCAUAAUUUCAUAUUGUUCACUUUUUUUUUUCUCUUGUUGCUUAGCUUAUCGUAUACUAAUUAUUUUUUAUGGCUCUUAAUUUGUAUUUCAGUGUUUGAAAACUCCUCUUAAACCUCAAUAUAAUGGAGGGAUCGUGACAAAUCCAGAAUUUAAUGAUGGAUUAAAUGGAUGGGCUGUUUUUGGAGUUGCUAAAGUUGAGAACAAUAUUUCGAGCGAUGGAAAUAAAUUCAUUGUUGCCUCAGAGAGGAAAGGACCGUAUCAUGGGUUUUCACAAGAGUUUCAAUUGGACAAAGACAAGUUCUACAUAGUUUCAGGUACAAAUAUAUCAAUUUUCUGACGAUUUAGAUCAAUUUUUUCUAAUAUAUUAUGUUUAAUUUUAAAGGAUGGGUACAAGUGAACCAUGGUGAUGAUGCCACUGUAGCAGUCAUUUUCAAGACACAAAGUGGUUAUCAACAUGCUGCUUGGGCUAAUGCUAAGUCUGGUUGUUGGUCUAUGUUUAAGGGUGGCUUAGUUGUCAAUGUUUCUGGUCCUGCUCAACUCUAUUUUGAGGUGAUGAAAUUUAUUAAUUUCCCUUAUUGAUCAAAUCUAUUUGACUAGUUACCAUUUUUGUAAUCGCUUGGUGUUUAUCAUAUGAAUAAUGAUAUUUUCAAUCUUUUUCCUUUUCCCAGACUAAUAAUACAGUAGUUGACAUAUGGAUAGACAAUAUUUCAGUACAACCAUUUAGCCAAGAAGAGUGGACAUCCCAUCAAACUCAAACCAUUGAAAAGGUACACAAUAGAACUUACCAAUUAAUUUGAAAAAUUGUUACUCUAUGCUCUUUUUCACUUUAUAUAUUUGUUCGAUUUCAUUUCUUGUAAUACUAUGUAGGUACGCAAAAGCAAAGUGGCAGUUCAAGUAGUGGACUCGCAAGGCAAGGCUUUACCUAAUGCGACAAUCUCAUUGAUACAAGCAAGAGCCAAUUUCCCAUUUGGUUGUGCAAUCAACAAGAACAUUCUCAACAAUAAUGCUUACCAAAAUUGGUUCUUCUCGAGAUUCAAGUACACGGUAUUUGAAGAUGAAAUGAAAUGGUACAGUAAUGAAAAUACUCAAGGCAAAGUAGACUACUCAACUUCUGAUGCGAUGGUCAAUUUAUGCAAGAGCAAAGGUGUUAGUAUCCGAGGCCAAAAUGUUCUUUGGGACGACCAAAAAUUUCAGCCAAAUUGGGUCCCUGCAUUGUCUCCACAACAACUCUCUGUUGCUGCUGGAAAAAGGGUUGCAUCCGUUGUUAGGAAAUAUAAAGGCCAACUUCUUCAUUGGGAUGUCAUGAAUGAAAAUCUUCACUUCAAAUUCUUCGAGAGUAAACUUGGUCCAAGUGCAUCUGCUACCUUUUAUCGUCUGGCUUCACAAUUUGAUAACAAAACACCUCUGUUUUUGAACGAUUAUAAUACCAUAGAAGUGCCAAGUGACGGACAAUCAUCACCAGCUAAUUAUCUUAGUAUGAUAAAACAAGUGAGAACAGGAGGGUACGCAGGUACUCUUGGAAUUGGAUUAGAAGGACAUUUUGGUGCUCCGUCCAUACCUUAUAUCAGGGCCGGACUCGAUACACUAGCUUCUGCGAAAUUGCCCAUGUGGAUCACUGAGUUGGAUGUUAGACCAGAGCAAAAUCAGGCACAAGUGUUAGAUCAAGUUAUAAAGGAGAUAAUUGCACACCCAGCAGUUCAAGGGUUGAUAAUUUGGUCAGCAUGGAAACCAAAUGGAUGUUUCAGAAUGUGUUUAACUGAUAACAAUUUCAAAAAUCUACCCACUGGUGAUGUUGUGGACAAAGCUCGUACGAGUUUAUCCCAUGAGGGUUUGAUUGGGACUACAAACGCCGAGGGUUAUUUCGAGACUUCACUAUUUCAUGGGGAUUAUAAGGCCAUUGUUACUCAUCCUUCCAUAACGGAUUCGUCCUUUCACCACAAUUUGACAGUUACACCCAUGGCUGAAAGUGAUGAGAAAUUAUCAUUGACUUACAAAUUUACUGCUGCAUAAGACUAUUAUUGGUCAUACAAAUCUAUAAAUAAUGUUAUGACGAAUUCAAAAAUUAAAUGAAAGAAUGACUCUUUUUCUAUUAUUGUCAACAUGUUGACGCAAACAUAUUUCGAUCAAAUAUCAGUAAAACCUAGCUAGUUGUCCCAA